CACGAGAUUUACAGCAUUGGAAGCCAUUUUGUUCUCUGCGUUUUGUUCCCGCCUAUGUUUACUUGUUUAAGGGAAUAAAAUACCUCUAAGGAAAAUCUAAUACGUUACAAAUGUUGUAAAGAAUAUAUUUUCACAGUCCUUCGUAAUCUUUGUCCAACAUUUCUGCCGUACUCAUUACACAAUAAGUAAGAGGUUUUCAACUGCUUGUUUAUUUUGUCUCGGACUACUCUAUUUCCACUUUAGUCGCAUAAAAUGUUUUCAUAAGUUACUUUUCACUGAUUCAGUAAUGGCAGUGUUCAGUAAUGCGUUAAGGAGGACUUGUUUGAAAGCAAUUAAAGCGUUAGGUCAAAACACUGAAAAAUAACUGUUUUGAUGACCUGUGCCUUAUUAUUUCAAAAAGAAUUUACAAAAUUUCGCUUUGUAACACUUAAUGUUUAGUUUUGAUUCAAGACCAACCCAAAUGACCUGAGGGUCCAGACUAUUCCAUUCAUUGGGAUAUCCUUAUUUAUUACAAUUACUUAGUUUAUUAUUCAUUAGAACUAAUAGGGUGAAACACUGAACACUAAUAUAUUGAUUGAUAGGCCUUAAGCUUAUUCUGAAUUCAGUCUGUGGCUUUUUUUUUUUUACUUCUGAUAUUAUUAUUAGUUAAGUGGUUGCUGGAAAUCAAACAUAAUUUUGAAAUAAUCAAUAAUGCCUACACUAAAAAUAUAUUUUUCAUGAUAUUUUUGCAAGGUCUAGGUAGAAUAUUUACUAUGCAUACUGCAUACAUACUAUAAAGUAAAGGCCUAACCGUUAGGCUUAUGGCCUAAGUCUGAGUGUUGGGGGUUUAAUCAUAAAUUAUUAAAUAAGACUAAGACCUAUAGGCUAUAGGACUAAGAAGUAGGCCUAAAUAUUUAAUUAAUAGCAUGGCUUAAGUCUUUAUUUAGGUUAUAAUUAGGCUAUUUAGGUCUUUUUAGAGUCUGACUGUAGACAACCUGCACAACAAAAUAAAUCAUGAUAAAUAGCCUAAUUUGAAGGCUAAUUAAGAACAAAGUGAAAGCAACAUGAUGGGGCUAGUUGAGUCCUAUAAAUAAUUGCUGCUAGUCAUAGCUCACUUUGUUAUUGUGGCAGUGGGCAUGUGCACAAUAUUUAACACUUCCUGUUUCCAGCCUCUUGCCGAAAACGUGCCAUUGUCAUUAGAUUAUAACUAAACGUAUAAAAAUAUCUGAUAAAUGUCUAUAACUGCUAAGUAUCGGUACUGGUAUUAAAAAAAAAAACGAAGCAGAGACUGGGCAUUAUGUUCUUUAGCUCAUAGGAAUACCACUAAUUAAAUAACAAAGCAGUAGCCUAACAAGACAGCCUUUGGUCUGGUAUUACUUUGACUCAAUGUUUGUUCAGUAUCCUUGUUGCACUUAUGCAGAAAUAAAGUUAAGCUAAGGGAUGCUUUUAAAAUCAUUUAUUUUUUUGCCUGCCAUUUAAUACUGUUUGGGAGAGAUCAUUUUGAGUAUUUAUUCUUAGGCUUAGCCUAAAAAAAGAGAGUGCCUACAAAGUAUAACAUCGCAUACCGGUAUGCCAAUCAAUUUUAAAUGAAAUAAAUGCCGAUAGCCUACAAUAGCUUAGUAUUUUCUUAUAUUAACUAUAACAUUUUUUAUUUAAAAAAAAUUAGUCCAAAAUUUGAAAUAUAAAAAAAAAAAAUUGCCUGAAUAAUGAAACACCCCAUUAAAAACAUACUUAAGCAACAAGAACAUUUUUAAAAUUUGGAUGUGCAUAUUGUAGAAGGGGCAUGGGAAAAGUAUUGCACAUCCUGUUCUUUGAAGACAUGUAUAUUACUUGUCUUAGGCAGGCCUAAUAUUGCUUGUUUGCCUACUUAAUUGAGAAUUUGAAAUGCAUGACCAAAAAAAAAACUGAUCUGAAAAAUUGUUUAUCUCUUAACUUAAGCUUUUAAUUUUUGUUAUUUUCAGAAAAAAAUGUUUUGGAAAUUUAAUCUGUUGACAUCCUCACACAUUGAUACUCUUUUAGAUAAAGAGGUAGGGUUUAUUAAUUUGUCUAAAAUUAUGAAAAAUAUGAACAUCAUGCAAUAGGUUAGCUAAUGUUAUAAAAAAGUAAUUAUGCUUAAGGCUUUUUAUUUUGUAAUACCCAAUAAUAAACCUUUGUAAUGAUCAAAUAAGAAAAAUAAAAUCUAUAAAUGAUUUUAAAAAUGAAACUAUCUUGCUUAUGUUAACUUUCAAUAUAAAUAUGAACAAUACAUUAUAGGACUUAAUUCCUCUUCCCAUUAAAAUUUUUUUUGAGUUAAUUGUUUAUGAAAUUUAGGAAGAAAGAAAAAGUGUAAAUGUAAUUUGAUUAACAGAAUAAUACAUGUAUGUAUUUUUUAAAGGUCAUUUCAAACAAUCAAGUCUUAUUAAAAUGAACUCUUUUUAGGAUGUAUCACUAAGAGAGCUUAUGGAUGAAGAUGACAUCCUUCAGGAAUGUAAAGCUCAAAAUAGAAAGCUGGUUGAUUUGUGAGCAUUUGAUAUUAAAUAUUAAUGAUAAUUUAUGUAAUAUAUUAGGUUUCUUUAACGCAUGUACUUUUAACUUAUCAAAUUAGACUAUUAAAGUGAAAAUGGUUAAGUUUUUGCUACUUUUCAUUGUAGGAUUUGUUUUCUACUUAAAAAUAUAUUAAAAUAAUAUUUAGUUAAUUGUGACUUAUUUAUAUUAUUUUAUUUUUAGCUUGAUCCAACCAGAAAAUAUGGAAGAAAUGGUUAAACUCAUCACUGUGGAGCCUCCCCUUGAUGUAGAUGAAAAAGUCAGAUUCAAGUAUGAUUAUAAUUCUGAUAAGUUAAAAAAUAACUGAAUGGUGCUCAACACUUUUAAAAGAUUUUUCAAAUAAUAAAUAUUUUCAGCAUGUGUAAAUAUGGGUAAAAGAAGCAUUACAUUAUUUUGAAUAAACAUUUAGACCAGACAUUGAAAUUUCGGAAUAAAAAAAUGAAAUGUUUGUUUCUGGUACCCAUAUUAUACUAUUUCACAUUGACUCUGUUGGGAAAGUUUUUGUUGCUGGUCCUUUAGAAAAAAUAAAAUUUAUUUUAACAGGUACCCUAAUACAGCUUGUGAGCUUCUGACAUCUGAUGUGACUCAAAUUAAUGAUAAACUUGCAGGGGAUGAGGAGCUUGUUGACAAACUUUAUGCAUUUCUUGAGGGUGAAAAGCCCUUGAAUCCUCUACUUGCUUCAUUUUUUAGCAAAGUCAUGGGCUUGUUGAUCACUAGGAAAAGUGACAUGGUAAGAGCUGAACUAUUUGUUAAACUCCAAUUUCCAUUACUGGGUAUAAAAUCAUAUAUUAUUGACAUCUUACUCAUCUUUAUGUUUUCUAAACAUUCUAAUCAUAGAAUCUAUGCACAUAUGCUAUACUGACGCUAUGCAAUUGGAAAUAUUGGUCUUUUGGAUGCAUCAAUACACAGACAGUCACUGUUUAAUUAAAUCAAUUAAAUUAAAAAAUUUCCUUAGAUUUUUGAAUACUUGAAAGCGAAGAGUGACUUUGUGGGAAGUCUGUUACAUCACAUCGGGACAUCAGCUGUAAUGGAUUUGUUACUACGACUCAUCACUUGCAUUGAAUCAUCAGAAACCAGAAGAGCUGUAAUUGAGGUAGUAAUAUGAUUUGUAUAAAUGCAUUUAAAUAUUGUUAUGAUCUAUAAAAAAAUGCGUUUAAUAUUGAUAUGAUCAACAAGGCUUUUACUCUCGUGAUAAUUAUAAUAUUUAUAUUCAUUUUUUUUUCGGACAGAUUUAAAUAACUUUUAAAGAUAAAACUUCUAACCCAGAAUCGUUUCAAGGUAGUCUUAAUAUUUACACAAGUUUCAUUUAACUAUUGUUAGAGAUAAUUUCUUGAACUUCUGUACAAUUUAUUGUGUCAAUUAGGUGCUUGUCAAUUUUUAUACAUACCAUUGGUAUUUAUGUGUUUUGCUAUUUUCAUAACAGUGGCUGAAUGAGCAGAAAAUAGUUGAAAAACUGGUUGAUUCCAUUGUUGCUUCCAAGGAUGAAGAUGUAAGCAGUUUUUUUAUAAAAUUCUGUUUUAAUUUUACUUUAGCUACCUGGUUACCGGUAAAUUGAGUUAUUGAGUUUCUGUCAUUUUUAGGUCCUUCACAGUUUUGAAUAGAAAAACCUUUCAUGUCAGAUCUCAGAUUAUGUUCCAUUUAUAAAUAUGCAGAUUCAUUGCAAUGCAGCCCAGUCUUUAUGUGAUAUAGUGCGUCUGGGGCGUGAACAAUUUAUACAACAACAGGAGACAUCAGAUCCUGACCCUCUAUUAGUUACUAUGGAACAGUAAGUCAUUAUAAUAAAACUAAUAAUCAGUUAAUUUAAAAAUACACCUCAGCCUCUAUUUUUUGUAUUGUUAUUUUUAAGUUUAUUUACUUUCACAACUGUAGAGAAAAUCCAUUUUUGAUAGUUUGUGACAGAUUUUCGGUUUAAUUUCUACAAUGCCUUGCUGCACCCAUAUUACCAAAUCCUAGAUGAGAGGGACAAAAAUUCCUUUAUUUAAAAAUAUUGAACUAUUCCCAAACUUCUUUGAGUUAUGAAAUAAAUUUUAAAAUUAUUUUGUCUUAGAGGAUAAUGCUUAACCCUUUACAGUCCGAUGCGCCCGAAAUGCGCCGAUUUUUUCCUUAAGCGUACAGUCCGAUGCGGCCAAACCCGCCCGUUACGACUCAUUACGAGGUUGUUUACUUUCGUUCUUAGCACAGCGGAAAUCCAUUGCGCAUUACUAUUUAUAGUUCUACCGGAAGAAAGCCUCGUUGUCGGCAUUUAUUUUGAUACUGGUUUGACCGCGGUGUGCUUAGGGGCUGAUUUUCUGUGAUUUUUUUUAAAAGUCGCGAUUUUUUCGCUGUAAAAAUUGGCUAUCUAAGCCUUGGAUACACUUUUGAAAGAACUUAGGCCUAAUGAAGCUACACUAUUUCAUGAGUGGGAGGGUCUCUGAAACUAUUUUUAGGUUUAACUUUUGAUUUAAUCAUUUCUUUGUAUUUAGGUAUUUUUUAUUUUAUUUUUGUUGCUUGUAGUUUAUUUUCUGUAAAUUAAUUAGAUAAAGAACCUUCAUUUAAAAUGGAGUUAUGUCCCUUUGCUUGGGCGCUGGGAGUAGACAAGGCUGAAUAGGUUUGGACUGUAAAGGGUAUGUUGCUUGUAGUUUAUUUUCUGUAAAUUAAUUAGAUAAAGAACCUUCAUUUAAAAUGGAGUUAUGUCCCUUUGCUUGGGCGCUGGGAGUAGACAAGGCUGAAUAGGUUUGGACUGUAAAGGGUUAAUAACUCAAUAUCAUCAAAAGUGUUAGAACAAAUAAAAAUUGCACAUUAAAACAUUUUUUUUUAUAUGUAAUGGAACACACUGGAUUGAAUCCCAGUAAUAUAAAUUAUACAAUUUUUUAAUCUUACUUUAAUUUAGGGAUUUGUCAUGAAUUUAACCCCUUUAGAAAAAUGAACCUAUUUAUACUACUGUCCUUUAAACUAAAGAUAUAUGCUUUGGUAUGAUUUAAAAACCUUUCAUUGAUUAUAAAAUUCACGCACUGUGAAUUAUUUUAUUAAAAUGCUAAACAAAGGUUUUCUUCAAUUUUAAAUGGUAAACUGAAUUAACUUUUUCACAUAUGAUUUAGAAAAGUAAUUUUAAAACAAUUAAUGUAUAUAGUAUUGUUAAGGUUCUAUGCUCAAACUCCUAUCAUAUAUUAUUUCAUAGAGAAGCAACUGUUGCUAAACUUCUGUCCAAUAUGUUUGAUUCUGACAAGAAUGAAUCUGUUCUGGUCAAUGGUCUUUGUGUGAUUCAUACUCUACUGGAGGUGCGCAGACAAGGGUGAGGAUAUACAAAUCUUAUUUUCUCAUUUUAUUCCUGUGAUGUUAAAUAAAUGUUAAGUGAAUUUAAUUUAUGAUAAAAUAACACAUUUUAAGUCCAUUCUAAAUUCUUUGUUUUCAGCACGGAACUAAAUGAUCCAGCUCUUAAUGGGGAACCAGACAGAUUUACACAAGGCAUUAAUAAUGUCAUAUCAGCUAUCAUUCCAAGAUUAAAAGAUUUUCAUGAUCUUCUUGUCAAUCCUCCUAAGGUGAUUAUUUAAGGCAGUGGUUGUGUUGUUAUUUUUAUUUACAUGGAGCAUAAAAUUUUAGAAUUUUUAGCUGUUGAAGUUGUUAACAUGUUCUCUCUUUCAGAUGCAUGCAAUUUGAAUUUUAUCAUAUUUCAUAAAGAUACAGUGUUUAACUUGUGUUGUUUUGUUCAGCAACGCUACAGCUGCAUGCCCACUUCAGUUGGCAUUUUGGACCCGCCUUUGGGAAACACUAGGCUGCAGGUUGCGAAAUUGGUCACAGCAUUAGUUAGUGCGAAUAUGCAUCAAGUGAACUUAGAGCUUACAUCACUUGGAACAAUUCAGACACUUCUUGUGAGUAUUUUUCUGAUUUAAAAUAAUACAAAACAUUUAAAAAAAAUUGUAACAGUAAUUUUAUUGUUAAUCAGAAAGUAAACUCUUAAAGAAACAUAUCUGCUAGAAGCAGUGAUUUAAUUUUUUAAUUGAUUUUUUCAGAACUUGUAUUUCAAAUAUGAAUGGAACAAUUUUUUGCACACACAACUGGAACAGUGCCUUCUCAUAAUACUUAACAAUGGACCUAUUGAGGUAGAUGGUAAACAUGAACAUCCAUUAUUAAUACAGGUAAGAUGCAAACAAUGCUCAAUACAGUUUAAUGAGUAACAUAAGCUUCUUUCCUUUUUAAAUGAAUACAAUAUUCUAAAUUAAUAUUAAUAGAUAAUCCAAGGUUUAUCCUUAAAUAGAAUAUUUUGUAUUGGUCUUUUUUGCAGGCAAUGUAUACAUAAUUGUUCUAAGACGAGAUUAAUCUUUAAAAUUUUGUACAAAUCAGCUUUGUAGCCUUCUAAUUGUUAAAUGUUAAAAAAUCUUUAUAUACAGUUGUUCACAGAUUUCAAUUUGAUUCAAAGGCUUCUCAGUGAAUGGGAGGAGAAUGAACAGCAGCAGUAAGUUGAAAUAUUUUAAAUCAAGCUACUCACCUUUUUUCAAAUGCAAAAUUGUUUAAGUUCUUUAAAUCAGACGGUAAUUAAGAUAAAAUUAGAGUCACAUACUGUCACCCUCUGCCAUAUAACAAAAGUUACUGUCCAUUUAUUGCAUUAGUUCUGUUUACAAAAAGAUGCAUUUCAUUACAAUUAAACAGUUUUAAUUGUAACAAAGCAAAUGAACUAUUAGCAAGUCAAAGCAGUAGCUGUUCAUUUCUAGCUUUUUUUUAAAGGAAAUUUUGAUGGAAAGUUAGUCACUGCAAAAAAUACUCUCUCUGUUCUCUAUCAAAUUCAGAAAUGCACCAUCAGGAAAGAGGAGAGGCUUUAUGGGGCAUUUAACAAAAAUGGCUAAUUCUAUAGCCGCAAUGGUAGACAAAAGUGACUCAAACAGCAUGGUUAAAGAUCAGUUUAAUGGUAAGUAAUCCGGGUCAGAGAUUUCUAUUUGAUUUGAAAUUUCAUGAUUCACCUCUUAGAUCAUCAUCCAGGUCCAUUAGCUAUUGGGAGGUCAUGGUGAAGAAUUUGCACACUCUCCGCAGCUAAAACCUUUCAUAUCUCAAAUGAACUGCUAGUUUAAGAAAUCAGAAUAAUUUUAAGGAUAUAGCCUUAUUGUAUUCUUUAUAAAUAUCUUAUCUUAAUAAUAACCUUUUAAAACGAACUUUCUUCUCAUUGAAUAUCUUGCUCCUGUAAGAAAUGGAUAACAUUUUUGCAUGCUCCUUUGUUCCUCAAGUACGUAAUUUGUAUUACUUUCCAGGGCUUUCAAAUGAUGUUAGAGAAAAGUGGGAGGUGUUUGUAACCGGUUCCUUGACAGAAGUAAACAAGAAGAACACAAUAGAACUUGUGAGUUUUCAUUCCAGUUUUUUGUGUGCAUCAUAAAAAUAUUAUUGCCUUUUAUAAAGUUGCUUUUAUUUACAUUGGUUGUGCCAUUUGAAGUCCUUUUAAAAAAAAAAAAAAGAAAAAGAUAAAACUCAGUACAUCUAGUACAUCUAAAAACAAAUUAUAAAUUGUUUCUCAUUUUAACAGAUGCGAGGCCAUCAACUUGCUUCAAGCAGUGAAGAUGAUGAUGCAGAUUUUAAAGACAUUCCUUUCCCACAAGACACUGCAAUGCAACAGGUGAGUUAGAUCGUUAGAAUGCUGUAUUAUUGUCAAAUUUUUCAUUUCUAUGGUGAGUUAUAAAAAGGUUAGACUGGGUCUUAAUUUUUGUAUGAAUUAAAAAUUCUACACAAAAAAUUAAACUAACCAUGUGCAUGUUUUAAAAAAAAUUAUUAUCACAAAUAUGUUCACGCUCAUAAGAAAAUAGAUUUGUGACUUAUGAUUUCCUCAGUCAAUGUUUUUCUUUAAUGAAGAGUUUAGUGGUAAGGUGUUUUUUUUAAAAGCCGUUUAAUGGGUUUUCUAAAUCAUGCCUUACAAAGUGUAACGAAAAUCCAGCAACAAAUUGUAUAAGAUCUCUGUAAUGAAAUGACGCGCCUGGGUGCCCCUCCCUAUCUUCCCAGGCCUUCUCGGACUAUCAGUUACAACAGAUGACUAGCAACUUUAUUGAUCAGUUUGGCUUCAACGAUGAGGAAUUUGCAGAACAAGAUGAGAAAAUAGAGUAAGUGUUUAGAUGGAGAUGUAGCCAGCAAAGAUUCCAUCUCAACACAGAUUAUUCUAUUUAUAAUUCGGUGAAAAUUUUUUUGGAACAGCUAUUUUAUGGAAAAUAGUAUUAUUUAAAAAGAUUUAAAUCACAGUUAUUAUAGUUCUCGAUAGAACUUAAUUCUCAAUAUAAUUUUAGAACUUGUGAUCAUCUUUGAAAACAGUUACACCUAAAAAAAACCAACAACUCCAGUCUUAGUUUUGUUCAAUUUUAAAAAAAGACGGAAAAUAACUUAUUCUGACAAAAAACCUGAACACAAACAUCUUCAUUAUUUAGUUGAAUGAAGUGUUGUACUUUUCCACAGGGCAUCUUUCACUGAUAGGAUAUCGAGUAUAGAUGCAGAUAUUCAAGUUAGUGAUGCCAAUGUGAGUUCCUUUUCAUCUGGACAUUUCAGGGAGAAAAUGAAGCCUCAUGAGGGAAUGAAAUGGGAGGGGCAUCCCAAGGGCAGUGUGUUACAGCAAGCAGACAUUUGUUAAAAACCUUUAAAUUUAGCUUUCCUCUUUUUUUUUUUUUUAAAUGAAGCAGGGAAAAUUUUUUUUUUAAAAUGAAGGGAUAAAACUCAUCCACCUGUUGAAAUUCUUUAAUAGUUCAUUUUUUUAAAACAAGGUUUAAUAUUAGUGAUUGUAUUAUUUUCUUCAAUAUUUUUUAUAAUGAUGAUGAAACUGUCAAUUAUUUUAAAAUAAAGCCAUUCUUGUUUCAAACAUUGUUUUGAUGAUUUAGUCUCAAUUGGUAUAUAAUAUAAUAAUUUAUCUUUACUUCUACUGUCAUAGCAAACUAAUGCAGCACUCUUUGAACAAGUGUGUAAUGAGAGGAUACAACAGUUUGAUAAUGAUGACAGUGAUGAAGACAUCUGGGAGGAGAAGCCAAUUACAUUUGACAAAAGUGCCCAACAUGCUCGAUCAGAGUAAGCCUUUAAAAAAAGAUAUUUAAAAGUUGAGCCUAGAUUUACAUUGAUAUCAAAUGUUAAUGCCAACUGUUUUCUCUGUUUAAUGUUAUAGCAUGUACAAAUGCGUUAUUGAAAAACAGUGCUGUCUUCCACAGACGGUUACAAGCAGCUACUGCCAGAUGCAAUAGCAGUGAUGAAGAUAGCACAGAUAGUGGAGAGGAAUUAGACUCACCUAUUAAGAUUAUACAACAGCACACGGAAGGAAUGGAUGUGGAUAAUGCUGAAAGUAUGCUUUCAACUAUAUCAGUUAAUAGAUCCAUAAAUCUUUUCUACAACCACUCUUGAGAGUAAAUAACAUGAAAAUUUAAAUAAAAAUAUAUAUCAUUCUGGAUAUAGAUGCUUUUAACAAUUUCAUCUGUAUAGCAAAUCUAGAAAAAAAACAAAUUUAGAUCUGUUACCUGGCAAAUUUUAGUUAAUAAUUACACUGAAUAACUUUGUAAAUGUUGAAGGUUUUAUCUUCAUAUUUUCAGGAUACAUACAUUAUGGUACAUCAGUUAAAAAUUAUAAUUUUACAUUUGUUCAGCCUAUUUAGAGCAUACAAUGACUUCCACAUUGUAAGGUCACUUAUUUCAUUAUUGAAAAAAUUAAAUUUGCAUUUAAAUUAAUUAUAGCCGCAUGGACAGCUGAUUCCAGUUCCCACAAUGAACAUACAGAAAUGGACACCACAUCUCCCUGGGAGAAACCAACCCCAGCAGCCAUUGUAGUACCUCCAGCAGCACCAGAGGGAGCUUGGGCAGAUUUCAACAAUGUGCCAACCCACUCUGGGGAGGAAGACAACUGGGCAGACUUCACAUCUUUCAGUGAUAUUCAAUCUUCGUAAGGCCAUCUAAAUCAAUGUUAUCCGCGUCUUUUUUAUUCAUAUUCUUAGAAAAUAUGUGUGACCCAUUUUAAAAGAAAAUUUAUUAAAGAGCUACACAAUUGUUAUAUUCAAAUAAAAUUAAAUCUCCAACCAAAUAUUUAAAAAGAAAAAUUGUGGCUGGGGAUAAAACCGAUUUUUAAAACAACUUUUUGUCAUCAGGACCACAACUGGGCCUAGAAGUAGUUCACCUAUUGAAAUGGAUACCACUGAAAAUAUAAGGGGUAGCGCUUAUGGUGAGUUUUUUAAUUUUCUCACGAAAUCGGUUAAUAUAUUCGUGCUAUGAAGAUUUAUUGCCCUUUUAUUUUUUCGUUGUGUAAGAGUUUUAAAAAACAUUUUAAAAUGGAAAGGCUUUUUUAAAGGGAAGUUAAUAUAAUUUAGUGUCGAGGCUUUAAACAAUUUUUCUCUCCAACAGUUGUUUCAUCCAACACUAGCAAUCUAGGCAAGGGAGACAUGCCAACUUUUACAGUAACGGUCACCUUACCAGGUAACAUUUCUAGUAUAAUGUUUCAACUUUAGAUUAAUAAUAAUAAUAAGACGUCUUAUAUAGCGCGGUACCCACCGCGCUGCACAUAAAAAUUUUAUCAAAAGAGACAUAAUUAUGACAUUAAAAUAAAAUACAUUUAUUACCUAUUAAUGUCAUCAUGAAAAAUGGAAUUUGAGAAAAAUGAAGUUUUUGAAGUUUUGGGAAAAAUAUUUUAAAAAUUUCCCUGGCCUGGAAAGAUUGGGAAAAUUGGCAUUAAACAUCAAUGUCAUUGAAAGUGUGGGAAAAUGAUUUGUAAAGAAAUCAAAAAAGAUAAAUUUCUCAGCGGAUGCUUCCAUUUAUCUCUUUAGCUGCACAAUUUUUAAAAUGAAAAACUACAUUUUUUUAAAAGGGCAAAAAAGCGCGAGAGGUUGAGUUUAUUACAAAAUAUUAAACAUUUUAUUGUAUGGUUUAUAAGGCUAAAUUUUUGGUGGUAUCAAAUGAAUGAUAAAUGAAUUGACCAUAUGUUUGUAAACUUAUUUUUUCAGUUUCAAUAAAUUGACAGAAAAGAAACUUAAAAUGUGAAAACAUAAUAUGCAAAACCAUUUUUUCCCGAAAUCCUUGGAUGAUGGCAUACAUCAUCUUCACUGCUAUAAAUCAAAUCCUCUAAAACUACUACAAUCGGAAUAAUGUGAUGGAUCUUAAUCAUGUUCACUAUAAAAAGAAAUAGUAUAAAACAUUUCCAAAGCUUUUUGAGCUGUAAGGAAACUUAUCCGACUAAAAGCCAGGAUAGCCAUAGCAACAGUAUUGAUAAAGAUUAUAUGUUCCCGUUCCUGAUGAUGCAUCAUGAUUUCUUGUGUUCUGUGCCUGAUAAUUCAUCAUGAUUUCUAUGUUUUAACUAUUAAUUCAAGCAACAAAUUACUUUUGAACACACUGGUGAAUCAAAUUUGUAUGACAUUGUACAUACUUUUAUAUUGUAUAUUUCAAGAAACUAAAGUAUAUCUAUACAAGGAUAAACUAUUUUGUAUAUAUUGUAUUUACUUUUGUCUGAUAAAGAAUUUUUUUAUCUAUGCAAUAAUUAGCGGGGUUUUUUUGCUUCCUCUUUAUAAUAUAAUAAAUAGCUCUUUGAAUUUUAAAAAAGUUCUUUUGGAGAAUUUUGUGAAUUUGUAAAGUUUGUAUGAACUGUAUGUUACAUUUUAUUUUGAAGGUGUUACCACAUCAGAGCCAUCUGAUAUGGGCCUUACUGAUUUAGAAGAAAACUGCAGUCCCCUCCCAGACUCAACAUCACCCGGCCAGGAGCUGGAGCUGAAGACUCCAUCUUCGUUUACAGAAAAUGGGAAUCAGCCACCACUUCCUGAUUCAUCUCCUCCACCGCUCCCCUCAACCACAUCUCCAAGUCAGAUAGAUGCCUCCUCUGCAGAUUCUCUAGUUACAAGGUGUGAAAAUUUUCAUACAUAUUUAUGGAUUAGCAGGGAUUUUUUUUGACUUACUCGACCAACAAUUAUAUUAUCUUUAUAAUACAAUUGUUGAUUUAGUUUUAAUCACUGUAGAGUCUUUGAUUUACAUAUUUUACGCCAGUAUAGUGCAGGAGUCGGUGAACCUUUUAAAAGCUAUUACCCCAAAAUAAUGUGUAUAUAUGUAGAUGCCAACAUCUCCCCUUGAUUUGUAAGGGAGAGAAUUAUUGAAUACUUUGAAUAUAGCUGCUUGAUGUAGGCGGAAUGCAUUUGGACGCACCUGUCGAAACCCCCAAAUGAUGCAUUUAGUCACUAUUGCCGGGAAUGAGUUAAUAACAAGUGUAAGACAUUUGUAUGAUGUUCAUUUUAAACAAUAGAUGAUAAAACCGAAGUGCAUUUAACUGUGGGUAAAAAUUAUAUGAAAUUUAGCAACCUGACUAGAUUAUUUUUUUUGUUUAAAACUUUGGACUGGAUCUCCCCCUUUCAUUUUUUUUUUUUAAAGAACUUGGCAAUUUGUUUAAAGCUAGGAAUAAAUGUUGGCUUUUUUCCCUACAGCACAUCAGAAAAUGACAAACUGGGAAAUGUUUCAACUCACAAGUCUGCCUCAGACUCUGCAGUGGUGUCCUCCACAUUACUAAUUGAUCCACCCUGUAAAGAGAGCAGCAGUGUGGACACAUCUACUGCUAACCUUUCCUCAGCUGACUCACCCUCCUCUUCUAGCUCAUUAGACACUGGAGUGACGUCUUCACCACAGCCUGACGGAAGUCAGAUUUCAGAGAAUCACAGGUAAACAUUAUAUUUUUAUAUAUGUUUAUGAAUUUUCUCUUACACGAUCAGAUAAAAAAUUGUAUUAAGUUUAUGCAUCUUGAAGUAUACUGCAUGGUAUUUUAAAUCUUGAUGUACCCAUGAAUGUUUUAUAAAAAAAAAAUGGCAUGGACUUAGAUAAUGCUAAUUUUUAUAUAAUAAAAGAAUUCUUUAUGAACUUUAUGUGUGGGGAAAAAAAGCCCUGUACAGUUGUUGGAAGUAACUGGGUCAUCUUUAACUGUUUUCCUUGAUGGCAAGUAACAGUUCUUAAACAUGGAUCAUUUGCAGUAGAUAGCCAACACCACAGACAUUGCUGUGUUAAACAUAUCUAAUUAUUUAAGUAAAACGACCUAGUAGGGCAGUUUAUAGUAUUUUCUGUAUAAGGGCCUAACUUAGUGAGUGAAUGUUUACAGAUAAAUGAUGGUCGAUAAAAAAAACUAUAAAAAAACAUGGUAAUUAAAACAUGUAAGUCUUGAAAAUAACAUUUAAAAGUUAGAUGAAUUCUCUACCAUUGGUUGGUCGAGUAAGUCAAAACUUGUUCAAGGAUCUAUUAAACAAAAAAUAAAACUUUUUUCUAAAAAAACCUUACCACCUAUUGUUAAUACUUAGGAAAAGUAAUAAUGAUGAGAGAGAUGGCAAUGACUUGGGUGAGAACUUCAAGUAAGUAUGAGUUGUUUCCCCUGUGUGGGCUCCCACAGCUUCUUGUACCCCAUAUAUUUUGCACUAAAUAUUAUAAAUGUGUUUAAUUUCAAGUGAAACGGGUAGCUUCUGUGUUCUACUCAGUGUGUGAUUCUUGGGCAAGGCUAAUCAUUCCCUGGUGCCUUGAGUAUAUAUGGAUGAUACCCUUAUAGAAUUUUAAAAAUUGGACAUUGAAACUUGGAAACCUGUUUUUGCUAGUCAGUAAACCAAUAGUGGUUAUUUCUUGAUAUUUUGUUUGUCUUAAAUUAAUUGUUUGGAUCUACAGUGAAUCUUGUGCUUAUCAAAAUGUUUUGAAAAUAAAAAAAGUACACUAGUUUACACAGAUCUCAAGAUAUCACACAGAGUAGCACUGAUUCUCCUUCACAUGAAUAGCUGAGAGUAGUUACCUAUAGUAAAUUGAUGGUUAUGAUAUAAUAGAAGUGUAUGCUGAACUGUGUUAGCAGUUACUCCACCUCAUACACUUAUCAUAAAGAAAUACUUGAUUUUUAUUUGGUCAAUUUAUAUUCCAUAAAGAAAUACUUGAUUUUUAUUUGGUCAAUUUAUAUUCCUUUAAAAAGUAUCUUACUUACAUAUAUGUUACUGAUUUAAUGUUAUAUGUUUAUGUGUUACUGAAUUAAUGUUGAGUGUAUGGGACUAUUGUUGAUAGCAAUAGCAACCUCAACCAAUUAUCUGUCCCUUGCUUCUGGGAGAUCAAAGGCUCAUGGCUUUCCUAAAAAAAAAUUAUGUAGGCGAUGGUACCAAUACACAUCCGUACAAUUAUCUUUGAAACUGCAAAUUCCUUUACCAAACCCAUUUGAAAAACAUUGUUUAGAUGUUUUAAGUGCUUGUAGAUGGUAAGUGGAUAUUGUUAUGCUUAUAUACCAAUAUAUAUAUAUAUACAUUUAAAGACUGUAGAUAGAAAAUGAAUGAAUUAGCAAAACGAGGAAUGUGGAAGCUUGAAUGAGAGAACAGGACAAAAAAAACAAGGACGUUUCAGCAUAAAACCUUCUUCAGCUAACAGUAGAAAUGAAAAUGUAACAAAGAACAGAGCACAGUAGACAAUUCAAGAAGUAUCCAUUGGUUUCGCCGGAAGUGGGAACACAGAAACCGAGAGAAUAUAAAUAUUGACACUGUGAAAAAUGAGGUCCACACUAAAAAUGGACCAGAAUAUCCAGGGAUACAUAGACACACAGCAAUAAGAAAAUAGAUGAAAUACAGGGAAACAGAGAAACAUCAGUAGGAGAGUAUUUGAUUAAUACCAUAUGGAGAUGUGGUGCCAAACAGCUGAAUACAUGUAUUUUCCAUUUUAACCCUCUCUGGUGUGUUACUGCAUGAAAUCAGUGCCGUAAUGGUUACAUCCAAUGCACCUUUAUGUUCUUUUCUGUUGAAAUGAGAAGAGACUGGGGAAGGUUUACAUUGCUCAAUAUCCCUUAGAUGUUCAGUAAACCUAUCAGCCAAUCUUCUCUCAGUUUCACCUAUGUAACUAGAUUGGCAUCUACAGCACACAAUCACAUAUAUUACAUUACGGCUGACACGUGAUAUAUUACAUUACGGCUGACACAGGUGAAACCCUCUUUAAUGGUAAAGGUACCUUUAGGGAGGCUAAUGCUUUCAGUUUGGCGUGUAAAGGGACACAUCCUACUGCGGCUUCUUAAGCAUGGUUUAGUACCAACGUAAGACAGUUCAGAUCGAAGGCGACUGAACCAGAAGAUCACCUAGAUUUCUGUCCUGUCUAAGACAAUCAGUGGAGGGGAUGAGAAAACCCUGUUGGUAUCGGGGUCAGCAAGAAGUAUGAUACGAUUUUUUAGGAAUAUUUUUUUGGCAGUUAAAUUAUGAGGGUGGUAGGUUAGUAUUUUAUUUAUUUAUUUAUUUAUUUAAGCAUUUUUUAUAGCGCUUACCUUACAGCUCUAAGCGCUUUACAAUUAUUAAAAAUAUGUAAACUAUUUAAACUGCUAAAGUAAAAUAAAAAGGAAAAAACCAGAGACAAUAGAAUAGUAACUACAAUAAAAAAUGACUAUAGAAACAGUAGCUUAAACAUUAAAAUGGCUAUAAAAACGCAUACACUUUGGCACAUUUUGGCCUAUACUACAGGAUCAACCCGAGACAGAAAAUGAGGCAGGGCAAGGAGGGUGCAUCACAGGUCAUAGGCGGACCUAAACAGAUGGGUAUAAGUUUGGUACAAUCUUCAUUGUUGUUUUGACGAGUUUUGAAAGCCUCUUUUCGUGUGAUCGUGCUGAUGUGACCUAGUGCUGAGUCAAGAGUAGUUUCAGGAUAGGAUCUGGAGCGGAAGAAAUCCAUCAUUUCAUCGGCUCUUUCUAGAAAUUCCUCAUCAAUUUGGCAGAGACGCCGUAGUCUAAGAAGUUGUGAGAAAGGUAAAGAGUCUUUGCAUGAUUUGGGAUGGGAGGAUGAGUACAAAAGGUAGCUAUGGCUGUCAGUAGGUUUGUAGUAGGCAGAUGUAAUCAUUUCGUUUUCUUUCAAUGUUACGGUGAUAUCAAGGAAGUUGACAGAAUGUCCAGAGAUUUGAGAAGUAAAUUUUAUGGAUGGGUGAAAUGAGUUUAAAAAUUCUAUAAAUUUCUGGAGAUCAUUAGUUUCCAUGCUGGUGAUACCUAUUCCGUCAUCUAUGUAUCUGCUAUAAAAUUCUGGAAUAUAGCCAGUAUAUGCCCUCUCUAUCAUAUAUUCAAAAUGACCCAUGAAAAAAAAUCUUGGUGAUCUUCUGGUUUUUGUCCUGUUCUCUUAUUCAAGCUUCCACAUACCUCGUUUUGCUAUUUCAUUCAUUUACUAAGCUUGAAUGCAGUCCUUUAAUUUAUAUAGAUUGAAAAUUACAUGCUUUUAUUCCAUUGGUUAUCAACCAUCAAAUGCAUGAAGAUGAAUAAAAGUAAUGCACAUCAUAAUUUCAUUUUUAGGUAGGAUACAUAUAUAAAUAUAUCAGACCUGUUUACUCGUACGAAAUGGCGUGUAAUGAACACUUUUGAAAUUACGAUUGUAUGACUAGACCUGUCAGGGCUACCAUUUUAAGAGAUUGGGUUAAAAAUAUAUUCAUUCUGAUAGUUUUUUCAAUUGAAAAAAAAAUAAUGAAAAAGAACAUUUUUGUUUGCUGGUUUAACUUGUAUUGACAUUAAACAUCCAUAAGUGAAUAGAUCCAGAAAUACGAUUGGCUGGAGACCAUUUAUAAUUAUAUUACGUUUGCCCUAAAAGGGGAAUGAAGUGAUGUCAAUUUAGGAGAUGAUGUGUAGGGGUAUGCAGGACAAGGGGGUCUCAAUAUUUACGUCUAUACAAUAAAAAGAGACAAAUUUUGGUAAUGAUAGUGGUGAUGGUCAUAUUGUUGCUUUGUGUUUUUAUAUCGUAAUAUUAGUGUAGUCUCCCUACUGAAAUUUUAGUCAAUUUGGGGCUACCCUUAUAGUACGCAUGUACUAAGGGGGACGGGGUGUCGAUUUUUAAGAUUUUGCAUAACCAUGUGGGGGGGGGGGGUGGUGUCUCAGUAGAAAGGACAUACAUUAUUAAAAAAUUCUACAAUAAUGAUCAAACUCUGAAAGCAAAAAAAAAAAAAAUAGCUUAUUUAUAUCUCAAUGCCUUAAAUUUAUCAUGCAAUGUUUUGUAGCAGUUAUGGUCAUAAUGUAUUUUCACAAAUGAACUUGCUAGAUAUACUCAGAUAGUACUAAGUAGUAGAGGUAUCACAGUAAUAUUUAUUCCACCUUAUGUCCAAUGUGUUUGAGACCAAUGUGUUUUUGAUGUAUAUUUCUGCUAAGCCAGUGUGUGGUUCUAAAAUUUUUGUUUCCCUGGGCCUAUGCCAAAUUUAGGUUUUUACCGGCCUCCCUGUGUUUAAUUUUCACAAGUACACUUCAAAAUAGCGAAUACAUAAACAAAGUAAAAUAAAGGGAUUGGGUAAACAUAAAUAAAACAUGUAUGUAGGUUACAAAGUGCCACCUAGUAUGUAACUGCUAACAUCAGUUACUCAAACUGCUAACAUCAGUUACUCAAGUGAGUUACUGUUGGCACCAUGAUGCUAUGUCACAUUGGAACACUGGCUUAAAAGUGGAAGUGUAAUAUUCCUGUGUGCAAUCCACAGAAAACCAUUUUAAAAAAAGGAGGUGAGGCGGCUGCCAAAUAAAGUUGGCGUGCAAAAGGGGUGGGGUGGUGAUGGUGGCUUUUUUUUGGCUUACCUACCAGUACCAGAUAAGAUACCAUUCUUUUAUUGAUCCAAACAAAUGGAAAUGUUUUUUUAUUGCAUUGUACAUAUACAUUUUCAGCACAUACAUAAAUAAAUAUUUUAAUAAAGUCCACAUUUUUCAACUAAAACAAUUUAACACAAGACAUCUACAUUAAAUUAUUGCUCUAGUGAAAAAAACAGUCAUAUCGUGAACUCCCUUAGUCAUAACAGGGACUUAUUAGUUCUUAUUUAGAUUUGUGAUUUCUGGGGGAGCUCGCUGGUAAAUUCGUACAGAUUGGGGAACAAAAGAAUUUUUAUACCUUUCAGUCCUCGCCCUGAGAGAAAAAAUUCAUCCCGAAACAGGCAAAUCCUAAGUAUCUGUGAUAAAGAGGGUGGGAUGUAUCAUCUAAAAUUUGUUUAGUUUUACAAUAAAAUCUUUCUUCGAAUAGUUCUUCAAGUGAAGGGUGUUUAGUUUGUGUUAUAUUCCUAGCUUUCUUACUUAGUCCGUUUAUGAGGUGUUAAUUAUCAGAAGAUGAAUUCCCACACCAUAUAGAUGGCCCCUCGCGUUUGUUUGCUCCACCGCUUUAUGCCGUAAUGUUGUAACAAUUAUUUCUUACUGUUGAAACACAUUGUGAGCAGAAAUGGAGAAAACUCAGAUGCAUUCUCAACUGUUCCGUUAAAUUUCGACAUAUUUGAUACGAUUUUAAUACCCUUUCUUUCUUUAACCCAUUUACAGUUACUGUAAUAUCAUCUACUUUUAGAAGUUACAUUUUCUGACACAAGCUUAACUCGAUUCCUCUAGACACUAGAUGCAAGUAGUUAUUGUAUAAAUUAUAUAUACUGUGUGUUAAUUUAUUUCUAUUAAGUUACUGUCUCUUACGAUUUUGAGACAAUAUUGCACAAUUUUAGGAGUUCGAGGGUAAACAUGUCUACUAUAUUUAUAUCUAUAUGUAUAUAUAUCAUGAAAAAUUAAUUUAUACAUUCAUGAAUUUUUUUGUUGUACUGAUAUAAGGCAUUUGCCGAAACGUUUGAAUUUGUAUCCUGUGUAAUCAUAAUUAGAGCUGAACCUAUAUUGUUUUAUUUACACAAAUGUUUAUGUAUCAUUAAUCACAUUAUUAGUCAAUGAUUUAAAGCUACUUACUCUGUAAAAUUGCUCCGAAUUCAUUCCCAGACUUUGGCUUUCAUAAAGUUGGUAUUGGUUAUGUCAACAACCACCUUCAAAUGCAUGUAUCACAAAUAUCCUGUCAGAAUCCAGACCCAUUGUUGGUUUUAACAAUUAAAAAACAAAACAUUUGCUGAAAUAUGCUGUUUUUUUUAAAAACUGUUUGACACAAGGUUCACAAGUGUGAGAAAUUUGGAAAUAAAGAAAUACAGAUUAUAGUAAAUACAAAAAACAAUUUCUGGGGACCAGGGGUAUUUUAGCUAAAUUUUAUAGGUAUAUAAAUAAAGUAAGGUGUAAUCUAUAAUAUAAUCCUAAUCAUCAAAUAGUUUGUGUGGACACUGUCAUUUGUUGAAGCAGCCUCUAAUUUGUAUCAAUACUUAAAUGUUUUUUUUUGAGAAUGUUAGUACUUUAAAUGUAGUGCAAGAGGAUUACACCCCAGACUUUUAAGCUUAUCCUCUUGUGCAACAUUUAAAGUACUAAAAUUAUGUCUAUAGUGUAGUUCCCAGUUGAAAGAUCUACAUUUGUCGCCAGAUCACAUGAAUAAUUUAAAAAUUCCCAUCUUAUCAGUAGUUCUAGGCUAUACCACAGGUUUUUAAGCUUGACUAAGACAUCCUGAUAAGAUAGCAAUUUUUAAUUUAUUCAUAUUAUUUGGUGACAAAUAUAAAUCUUUCUACUGUUAGCUACACCAAUGACAUAAAAAUUAAGUUAUUUAGUUUAGGGAAAGUCACAUGACAUAAACAAAAGCUGUCUAACAUGGUGGCCCUUGAUCCACACGGGCUGGGCAGCAUUAGAAAAGUAAUUUAAAAAAACACACUUCAGGAUUUUCUCAUUAUGAUUAGACUUUAAUUAUAUGUAUAUAUUUUAAAAAAUUUGCUCUAAUUUAUUUUGUAUCAAUAAUUACAGUAAAAUAAUAAAUUAAUUUGAAAAAAGAAUGAAUUUUCAGACAAUGAGUAUUAGCAGGGAAAAGAAUGAAUGUGCCAAGGCUGGAAAAGUUUCUAGGAAAAUAAAAUUUUACCCUCCUUGCCUAACUUGAGUUUGGACAGCAUUGACAUAUAUUUACUUCUUUAGCUUCUUAUAAGUUACAGUGUAUGCGGGAGGGAACAAAAUUAACCAUUUUUAAUUCACUUAUUUGAUUCCAAUCACACCAAUUGCUGUGUAAGAUUUUAAGUAUCAGUAUAAACUAUUUUACUGUGUUGAUUUGAAUAAAAAUUGGUCUCUAACCCUUUUAUCUGAAUUUCUUUUGUCUCCUCUGGUCAAUAACAUAUUCAUCACAAUGUACUUUAAUUCUACAGCUUCUUGGCAGCAACAGGUUUGUUAAAGAAGAAAAGCCCCGUGGCAGCAUGUCCAACCGGUCGAACACCUCCUGAGGCUCAAGGCAAUGGACCCGUGGCACUGACGUCAUCCCCUCCUCCCACUGUAGUUCCACCCUCAUCCCUUUCACCCUCAACUGCACCGUUGAGAGAAGGGGAACACUCAGUGAGUCAAGAGCCCGAUGAAAUUUUAUCUCAGGCUCAAAAAAUAGAACAGGCGAGGUAGGCAAUCAAGGAUGUUAUGUAGCAUGUAGUCUAAUCUUCCUGAAAGUAAUGUUUAUCUUUUUCCUUGUUGCUGUAGUUCACAAUGAAUCAUGUAGAUUGGUUUAAUAUGUUUUAUCAUAGAACUACAGUGGGUGGUUCUUAGUCCCUUUGAAUGUAAAUAUAUGCAUAAUGAAGAUUACCGUAUUAAAAAAUAUAGAGAGACUAAUGAAAGGACUAUCUUUGUAUAAAUAAAUCAAGGUAAAAUCUCUGUGCGUUAUUUAGUCUUCAUGUACAUUACAAGACAGUGUCUGUUAAGUAAUGUUUGAUCUAUCUUUAUUUCCCUCUAUGUAGUUUCUUCUCCAACUCCUGAUAUUCCUGAUCUUUCUUAUUAUAUGAUCUCAUGAGGAUCAAACCAUUUUCUUAUUUAAAGUCCCUUCAUUUGAUAUGAACAGAUAAACCUUAGAUAAUUGUCUCAUCCAUUGGGAUUUUUUUCCAAACUACUUUGAUGAAUGUGGUUGCAUUUUAGUUGUAGACCUAAUUGAUUGGAGAAAAUGACAAUCUAAACCAUUCUUUUCAGAGCUCAAGCCAAAGAAGCUCAGGAACUUUAUGAUGCAGUGACCAUAGUACACAAUGGACCUGUUUGACAAUCAUUGCCUCAUCAUUAAGUUUUCUUGACCCCUCCCCCGCCAAUCUUUUCUGACCCUUGUUGUCUCUUAAACCUUGUAUAUAAUAUAUUAUUAUUAUUAAAAUGACCAGCUCUAUCCCUCAUUUGGAGAGUCCACAUGUCUAACAUACCAGUGAGUAAACAUGUCUGAUAGAAACCAGUUAAUGAAAAGAUAUUACUUAGCUUAGUAGAAAUGUUCACUUGUGAGAUGUAAGUUGCACAACUCUAUUGUAGAAGUAGAGUGUCAAGAAAUUAUAUCAAAUAAAAAUUUUACUCAAAUUCUUGAUGAAUAACUUAGUAUUUAAAUCAAGAGCUAACUGUCCAUUAAGACUUAAAUAACCACUGCAAUCAAGACAACCCCAGCAGUGCUAGAGGCAUUCACUUCCAAGCCCUAUAAAGAUUAAUAGAUAGAUUUUAGUUUGUGGUUAGAACUUCCCAUUAAAAAAUGAGUUGAUUUUGAUGAAACUGUUGAUGUGCUCUGAAAGAGGGAUAGAACUGGUGUCUACUGUUGGCAACAAAUCACAGAGGAGCUUUGUACCUACGAGAAAAUGUUCUGGUUACUUUGACCAAAUGAUUGUGUAGUGCUGGUAUCAUGUGUGUGUGUGCCUGCAAGUGUAAUCAAAUGAUUGUGUUGUUCUGGCGUCAUGUGUCUGAAAGUGUCAUCAAAUGGGAAUCUUUCAUUAUUAAAUUAUGCAUUCAGAUACAAUGAGCAGAGUAAACUAAUUAUGUCACAUGAUGUAGAAUGAAUGUGUUGAAAUAAUUUAUUUAUGCCCCCUUUAUUUCUUCUCCCCCCCCCCCCUCUAUUUUUAACCCCUCCUACCUCCCAAACAUACCCUGAUUAUGACUGAAUAAAUAUUGUUAAAAAUUUAGAAUAAGAAUUUUAAAAUUAUUUCUUGUAGAACUCAGAAUGUUCAGAAUUUAAAAAAACCCAACACAUUGUUAAUAUUUGUUGGGUCUUAAUUAGAACGGCAUUUAGUUUAUAAUAGACCAGUUCUGGCUGCUAAGGUUACUGAUCUAUGACAGACUGGUGUGGCUAUGGUUAAGGAAUUACAACAAAUUGAUAUUUUUUACAUUAUUAAAAGACAAUUUCAAAGCUAUUAAUUUUGUUGUUUUCAAGGAAGUAAAUCUUAGAUACCAAAGAGACUUAUGGACUUAUCUUAGAGUUCUUAGAAUUAGUAGCAGAAUUGACACUAAAAACACAUUUCCUUACACCACUGUAAGUUAACAACCCACAGAAUGAUACCAUUGUACAACUGAAUAAGAAGACACCAUUACGGUACAACUGUUUGACACCACUAUAAAGCUUACCACAAACUAACAUGACACAACUAUACAUAAUACCACAUAAUGGCAGAUAAGAUACCACUGACACCACUAGCAACCACCCACUGACAGUCUGACACCACUAGCCACCACCCACUGAGGUCUGACACCACUAGCCACCACCCACUGAAGUCUGACACCACUAGCCACCACCCACUGACUGUCUGACACCACUACUCACCACCCACCUACAGUCUGACACCACCAGUGAAUGAUUCCCCAGUUGAUUAAUGGUCACAGUGUAAACAGUCCCUCAUCAAACCAGGAGCUUCUCAGCUUGGUUCAGAAUGGCAUGUAAAAUAGAGAAGACUAGUUGUGAUCACUGUUUUGACUAGUAUACUCCCACACUGUACAUAGAGACCUGUAACUAAAUUUAUUCUAUUUAUAAUUGGAUUGACAUGACUUCUUAGUAAUUGACUUGACCUUGUAGUUCUAUUUCUCCUCUCCUUCCUUUAAGAUUUCUGUUCUUAAUAAUUCCUUGAUUGACAUGACUUCUUAGUAAUUUACUUGACCUUGUAGUUCUAUUUCUCCUCUCCUUCCUUUAAGAUUUCUGUUCUUAAUAAUUCCUUCCUCUUUUUUUUUUUCCCCCUCAACCCCUUCGCCCCCCCCCCCCCACCUUUUUUUGUCACCUGUCAUGCUGUUUGCACUUUGCCCCAAGCUCUAAGUUUAACUUGGUUCAUUCUGCUAGUGAAUUAACAUGGUGAACAAUAACAGUACAACUGGGAAGCAGGGUGCUUAGCUUACUUGUCUAUACAUACUUUUUUUAGUGUAAGCUUUGCUCAAUGAUUACACAAACAAUGCAUGUGAUCAACUGCUUUUCAGAAUUUAUACAUUACCUGAUGUAAGAGCUAAGUUUUACUUAGUGCACGCUUAAAUUACUUACUAAGUGUAAGCUCAAGGACAUUAAAUGAGUUGGUGUGAGCUCAAAGCAUGGUUCACAACUCUGGAAACUUUCCAGCCAUGAUUUAAAUUAGGUAUAUUUCUUUUGUAACAAGUUUCAUUAUGUCUAUAUAUUUUGUACAUUUUUAAACUAAGAUAUACCAUGUAGAUUUUGUUUCACUUGUGUUUUGAAAUAUGAGGCUAACCAUUUAUGUGGUGCAACUAGUGGCCCCAUCAGAGAUCAAUUGUGGCCUGUGCAGCUUGUGGAUCAGUGAGAGAUUUCUAUGUUAAGUAUUGUAUUGUAGAAUUUCUGUAAUGAAUUUAAGCCACUUUGUUAUGUCGGUGAGGUACAAUUUGUUCUCUUGAAUUUGCGAUCUUGCAUUUCAUUGAAUCCAGUGAUACACUGAUAUUAAGGCAAUAUUUUGGUAUGGUUGAGUCUUUCUGAGGAACUCUGUUGUAGUGAAUUGGAGUGAGCUGUCAGUGACCGCUGUCUUGAUUUCUCCAAGAGUGCACAGGUAUGUUGAUUCGCUGCACUGUUUGGUCAAUGGGGCACUGAAUAAAUGGGAUUCAAAUAGGAUACUGGUCAACGUAUUGUCAUUAUUUAUUUCUUUUUACUGCAUUAUGAGAGCAUUUUGAACUAUGUAAAUGUUUGUUACAGAUAUUUUUGACGCAAUGAAACGAGUGUACCUAAUAUAAAAUAAGAAGUAUAUUUGAUUCUGUAGAAAUCCACAUCUAUACAACUAUAUUAAAGUUUGAUAUAGAAUUAAUUUGUUUAAUUUUUAUUCCUUCAAAUCUUGAUCAAAUUAUAUUAUUUUUCUAAAUCUAAUAAAUCUAAAUCUUUUUGUACCGAUUAAAAAAAUUGACUUAUAAAUAGUAAAAUUUAAAGGGAAAAGAUUGACUUAUCAAUGGUAAAAUAAAGGAUAUCUCAUUUUUGUCAUUUAAUCUCUUGUCUUGAUCACUUUAUACCACAUUGUACUAUGCUUAGACUAGUUUGUAGAGGUCUUCAAAUGUGUGGUUACAACAAUCUUAUUUGCUUAUGUCCUUCAGACUUGUCAUUUAACACAAGAGAAUGAUUUUGUUGAGUUCAUUUCAUGUUUCUUUUUAGCUUUUUAUCUGGAAAUCAUCACUGGAAAAUAACAAAACUCAACUCUUUGCUAAGUAUUAAAAGACAAAUCAGGAAAGGAGUUUUCUGUUUAGUGUGGAAUUAAUUUUUUCCUCUUAAUUCAAUCUGAUUUGUUCUGCUUGCUGAAAAGAAUUAUUAUUUUUUUCUUCUUACAUGCAAUUGUUCACGCAGGAAAGUUGUUCCAAAACAAAAAUUUGGGUGUCCGGAAUACAAUAAUGUGAAUAAUCCUACUUUUUGAAAAGACAAUAUGUAAUCACAAGCCUUGAAAAAAUUAAUGCUUCCUUAUGGAUGUCUCCAAAUUGAUAGCUGUACAUAUCAGUCUUGAAAAAAGUGGGGGGGAGGGGGGGUGUUAACUAUUUCAUAGCUUAAAACUGUGCAUGCACCACAGUUCUCAUUUAGUGGGUAAAAAGUGGUUUUGUUUUCAUUGCACUGUUUGGUGAUCCUUGUGAAUGCAAUCAAUUUAAUGGUUCAAAUAUAAGUCAAGUUAAGUUUAUUUAAAAAUGUUUUUUGUUUGGUAGCUAACUUAAUUUAUCUCUACAUUUGGCUGCUGUGUGCUUUAUCUGUGAAUAAAUUUAUUUUCCUGCUGGUUACACAAAUAUUAAAAUUAGUUCUAUCCCCUUCAAAACAUUUUUCAACUGCAAAAUUGUGACAGAAAAUAUUUUUUAAAAAGAUGGCAGAAAGUGUUUAAAACAAUGGAGACACGUCUUUUGAUGGUAGCAAUGUAGGGUUCUAUUGGUUCAUAAAGACACUGUUGAAAGUGUUUUACUUUGCAAUAUUUCUGUUACCCAUUUUAUGGUUGUUAGGACCUGUAGAAUUCCCUGACCCAUUUUAGGGUUGUAGGGACCUGUAGAAUUCUCAGACACAUUUUCAGGCCAUGUUAGCCAAGUGCUCAGUUGCCCCUUUAGGACCAAACUUUGACCCACAUCCCACAACUGGCCUCUGCAGUUUGUGUUUUGAUUCUUGAUUCCAGGUUUGGUUUCCUUUAGCCAUCAUGAUUAAAUCCCUGUGCCUUGUUUCUUAAUAUUAAUAGUAGAGCAAUAGCAGUAGUAGGUUAGAGAGAAAUAAAUUGAUUUAAAAAAAAUUAUCUUAGCAGAAUGAAGAAAGUGAUUGUUUACAAUGUUGUUAGUUCAUCUGGGACAGGCCUCAAUCUAACAAACACUUGUUAUUUAACUAAAUUUGACAAUUUAAACAAAAUUUUAUUUUAUGAAAAGGUGUAAAUCCCUGCAUCAGCUUCCAAAUAGUGACUCAGUUGUCUUCUGGCUGUAGGUUUUUGUAAAUUGUUUAGUCAGUGUACAGUGCAGUUGGUGAGUCCCUAAAGAUGAGCUGAUCUGUUGUAUGUUAUUGACCCAGUGACCUGGCUUUAAGGUGUUAUAGGGUAAAACUAGCAAACCAAAACAAAUGAAAAACUAGCACCCAGUUACAUGUUGUCAUUUUUCAUUGCUCAGACAUUUCAACCCCUUUCAAAUAAUUACUGUUAAUUUUUAUUUACCAUGUCCAUUGUAAUAGCACUGUUGUUUGUGUGUGGAGUUAAGUGCUCUACAAAUUGAAUACAUUCUAAGACAGCAGGGAUUUCAUUGAUGAUGUCCAUGCCUAAAUGACCAUUUUAUGUUGUUUAGACUGUUUGGAGGACAGGAUUUAUAAUGUAGAGAUUGGCUGGACAUGUGAGUGUUUGUCAUUUUGUCAGCUGUUCUGUUUUUUUUGUUGUUUUUUUGUAUGUGUACAUUUUGGCCUAGUUUAAAUUGUGUAAAUAAGUAAGAAAAAUAUGUUAAUAAAAUGAAAAGAUUUGAUACACC